AUGUCUGGUUUCUUGUCCGCAUUCGAACUGUUGUUGACGAUCAAGUUCCAGCGCGGGAUGAGCAUGAUUGAAUGGGAGAUCAGCUACCCAAGCAACCCAUAUUUGGUAUUUCAUGACUCUCGCGGGAUUGAAUCGGGUCCCGAAUCUGAGCUGGGUGAAUCGAGCAUCGAGCAUAUCUGGUCAUUCAUAGAAUAUCGGAGAGCGCAGCCAAGACUUCGAGACCAGAUACACGCAAUUUGGUUCUGCUUGCCAAUGGACAAUCCGAGGGUUCCCAGUGAAUCAUUUGAGUUAGCCUUCUUCGAAAGAGACGUUGGAGUUCCGGUAAUCGUAGUCUUGACAAUGUAUGAAGCUCUCGCUGAACGUGUGAAGGAUAAAUUACUCGGGCGAGAGCCGAGUAAAGAAGAAGUACGGAGACAUGCGCAGAAGAAUAUUAUGAAACCAAUGAGGAGAACUGCAUACCCACCUGCCGGUUACGUACAGACACAUCAUCAUGGAGAUGGGUGCACCAUGCUUUCAGAGAAGACUCAUAAAACGAUAUGGAUCACUGGACUAGCCACCACAUUUGCAAUGUCACAACAGGCAUCAGCACGCUUAGUUUGCCAGGAAGUAUUUCAGAAUGCCCUCAGUGACAAAGUCAUAACACGACUUGGACAAAUGCUGCAGCUUGCGGUUUCUUCAAAGCAUCUAGCUGAAGAAUUGACUUAUGAUGCACUAUGGAUGAUGCCCUUCUGGAGAAAUACAGAUCUUUUCGUGAGUACCCUCCAUGUCAUCCAGCCCUCAGAGCUGACCCUUGCUCUGCACAUCUCUGUGUCUGUAGCUCGAUGUGAGUACCCCCACAUGAUCCAGCCCUCAGAGCUGACCCUUGUCCAUGACAUCUCCACCUUCUUAGCCUUCACCUGCAUUCUAGGCAUUUGGACCGCAAAAAAGUCUCGGAAGCCAUGGAACUUCAUUAAAGAGGCUAUCAAGCGGCUGGAUUGCAUGCCUGAAUUCAGGGAGACUGUCCUCACCAGUGUCAAGAAAACACUUAAGGACUUCAAAGGAGAUCGAAAGAAGUGUAGUUGUGCACUUGCAGAGCUCGUAGUGGGCUAUGCCAAUGAACUGUACAAGAAUCAGCCUUUGGAGUCAUACAAAACAACGUCCCAAUCAUGA